UCAAACUCUACUUACUUACGCAGCUACUUCUGACAAAUAAACAUUAAAGCGUUCAGUUCAGUUGGAUUUUUUUCAUUAUUUCGUUUAUUGUAUAUGUUUUUUGUUUUCAUCAUGUUACUCACCUUCACAAACAUGGAUUCCUGAUUUUCCCGGAAAAAGUUUUAAUUUUUCUUGGAUUGUGAGGGAAAAGAUCGGUGGGUAUCGAAGGGAAUUUCAUUUGGGGAGAUGGGUAAUUUUGUUUGCAUGACGAAGAAGGAGACUAAAGAGAAGGGGCAUGGAUCCAGAAGCAAGAGAGUGGGGAGGUCUCAGAGGAAGCUUUUAGCGGAAGAAGAGUUGUUGCAUAGGCAAGCUUUGUCUAUGGCGCUUCAGCAACAUCAGUUUUCUCAGCGGUUUGAGGGAUCCAUGUCGAGAAGAAUUGGAGGCUCUACAAGCUCUAGAAGACGCAAUCUUGAUGACCCUUUAUCGAAUUCAAAGCAGGCACCAAACAUUCUGGAGAAUAUCCAGUUUAAAAAAAUUGUACUAAUACACGGAGAAGGAUUUGGAGCAUGGUGUUGGUACAAAACUAUUGCUCAAUUGGAGGAAGUAGGAUUGCAGCCGACAGCUUUAGAUCUUACAGGAUCUGGUAUUGAUCUGACAGAUACAAACAAUGUCACCACACUGGCGGACUAUUCAAAACCAUUGAUUGAUUAUCUUGAAAACCUUCCAGAGGAUGAAAAGGUUAUGUUGGUAGGUCACAGUAGUGGGGGUGCCUGUAUUUCUUAUGCAUUGGAGCAUUUCCCACAAAAAAUCUCAAAAGCGGUUUAUCUCUGUGCUACAAUGGUGUCAAAUGGCCAGAGACCUUUUGAUGUAUUUGCUGAAGAGCUUGGUUCUGCCGAGCGUUUUAUGCAAGAAUCCCAGUUUUUGAUAUAUGGAAAUGGUAAAGAUAAGCCUCCUACAGGAUUCAUGUUUGAAAAACAGCAAAUGAAAGGGUUAUAUUUCAAUCAAUCACCAACAAAGGAUGUUGCCUUGGCCAUGGUUUCCAUGAGACCUACACCGCUGGGUCCUAUUAUGGAGAAGCUGUCAUUGUCCCCUGAAAAGUAUGGAACUGGCCGGCGGUUCUAUAUACAAACAUUAGAUGAUCGUGCCCUUUCACCAGAUGUCCAAGAAAAGCUUGUCAGAGAAAACCCGCCAGAAGGAGUCUUCAAGAUCAAAGGAAGUGACCACUGCCCUUUCUUCUCGAAGCCACAGUCGCUGCAUAAAAUGUUAGUUGAAAUUCUUCAGAUUCCAUAGCUUGAAUUUCUGAAACUGGGACAAUUAUUUUGUAAAUCGUUUGUUUUACAGAAGACAGACAUUCAUUGAUUACAUCAAUGGCCUUUGACGAGGUAGGCAAUUAUUGUAUGUAAAACACUGAGCCAUUUGUCUAUUUUAGUUUAUUUUCUGAAUA